GACGCUCAGUAUCAAAUGUAAAAUAAGUCAGAACCCCGGCUUACCCUAAAGACUAGUAGUUGAAAAGUUUAUGCCAAAACCGGUGACUGAUAUAAAAUAAAAAUUCCUAUAACAUUUAUGGUAUAAAAGUUUUUGGGUCGUGUUUUUCCAUUCAGUGUCGGACGGUAGCUAAGGCGACUGCGAUGCUGUAUCGUGUAGUUCAAAAGAUUUUUCUGACUAUGUUCGACACCAGAACGGCGAUGUUGCUGAGAUUCCUGUGUUUAUUGGUGGUGAUGUGGUCGGUGGACUGCCUGCAGCUCGACAGCAUGGCUUCGACCAGGAGGCCCAGGGUCACGAAGUACAGCAAAACUACGCUGGCGCCUGGUGGUUCCACAGAGCCAGCAACAGAGAGGAGCCUCAUGACAGCCACAUACCGACUCCAGGACCAAGGGGGGGACACGUGUAUCCUGCUCACUGUGGACGCCCUGGUCGACAUAUCUUAUAUGACGAAACUCAACGAACGCGCUGACGCUAACACAUUCGUGCCGAACAACGCGAACGUGGCCGGCGCGUGCAAGGAGGCUGAUGCGGAGACCCUGGUGCUCUCCUUCAAGGAGUUCGCGCUGGAGUGGGCUUUCGCGAAGACACCAGGCGGCGAGCGCUGGUACGUGGAAAGCAUCAGGCUGACAUACAACUCCAGCGCCAGGAUCUUAGAGCACGCAGCGAAGCAGGGCAGGAAGGUGACCCUCAGCACCGAUGUGAGAUCCUUGCUGUUCCCCACUCCGGUCGGCAAGUCCUUCUACUGUCCUGAGGAGACGGUCAUAGACCUGAUGGAAGGAGAUGCAAGCGCAACCACAGCUCACCGGGCAAAGCUGUACCUCCGCCAGAUGAGACUCCAGGCAUUUAUGUACAAACACGACGGGGAGUUUGGCCCGCCCUGGCACUGUUCGGACUCUGCCCGGGCAAGGUCAGAAACCGCUCCAGUGGCAGUUGGAGCUGCUCUAGCGAUCGCAACUGCCGGCACCCUCGUUGGAUACGCGAUCUGGCGCUAUCUCAAGGUAAAGAAGGUUCAAUAUGAUACAAUGGAGUGAGCCGGUUAAAACGCGUUCUGAACUUUGCAUUUUUAUAUUUUGUUGUUUUUUUUAUUUAUCGUAAUCCUGUGUUACUUUUUGAAUAUUUUUUUAAGCUACAAGGUCAAGUUUAUUGUCGUAUUUUAUUGAAAUAAAAGUUAUUGUGGUUGUUUUAGUUUUUAUUUGUAGUUCAGAACGCAAUUAUUGUUAAAAAUCUAGUGAGAUCUCAAAAUAUCAAAGUUUAUUGCCAAUGUCGAUAGGAUCAUAGUGAGGUAGACCAACUUGUUGUUACAAACCAAUGCAUAAUUAAUACAAGUAAGAUUCGCGUUAAAAUAUUGGUUACAUAAAUGAUACAAUGUUAUAUUUAUUUUAUAACUAUGAGAAAAGAGUCAUUAUUACAAUGUUUAGACAAAAGAUAAGAGAAUUAUGAAAUGGAAUAGAAUACUGCAGUUAUUAUUUAUUUCGGGUAAAGUUAGUACGCUCUGCGCGCUUCGGUAGUCAAAGCUGACUUUAGAUUAACAUACCAGUUUUUCCUUUUAUAGGCGAAAGUAAAAAAAAUCCUGCGCAGAAUGAGAAAAGCGAGGAAAACAGACCUAUUAAUAUUUUAAAUGUUAAAACAGAAUCACAGGGCAAGCGGUAAGUCGACACUUUAAUAAACUAUGAAUAUUCUUACUGCACUUUUCCCAAAAUUCCUUACACAUUUUUAUUUGGAAUUAUAUCCUAACCUACUUUUUUUGAUUACAUUAAAAUAAGCGUACUUUACCCGGUAAAAGCCUUCAAUAAAUCUGAAAUAUAAGAAAGUUUAUCUAAUUAUUAUAAUGUAAGAGAAAAUGAAUAAGUACAUCACUGUUAGAAAGUGCUCUAAAAGAAAAAAUGUGCGGGCACGGGGAAACUAAUGUGUAAUUGUUUAAAAUAAUGUUGUUGACGUUUGAUUACAAUGUAAAAAAUGUAUUUAAUCCCAUAUAACCCCAAGUACCCCAUAGGUUAGAUAUUUUGUAUUUUCUCUUGGAAUUGUAUUAAGAAAAUUGGCUUACAGUUACUGAAAUAGAUGUCAUUGGGAUAGGUAAAGUUUGUGGUUAUGUUUCUAUGUAAGUGUAGGGUAUUAUUGUCGGGUUAUGUUGUGCUGAGGUCCCUUUAAUAAGUAGCAUAAUAAAUAAGUUUAUUAAACAACAAUAACACAAUAUGUUUUGAGUGAAAUUACGCAUUAUAGUCGUCCCCAUAGUUGGAUCGGUCGUUGAUUAUUAUAAAAUAGGUAGAGUUGCAAUACUUGUAAUGUGUGCAAUUUAUCAUUAUUAAGGAUUUGUAUAAAUAAAAAUUAUUCAAACAUUUUUUACAAACAGACAGAAGCAUUUUUACAUUCGAUUUUAAGCAAUAGUGAUAUUAAACUGGCCUCCUAAUUUUUAAUUACAGAAUAGGAAUUUUGACACGGAAUUAAUGUCGAACUCGUCACAGAGAAAAUCAUGUGGAGAUUCGUCACACUUCAUAUACCUACAUCUUAAUCGUGACAAAAAUAUUAUGCGUAGGUAUUCACGGUUAUGACGAAUUUACUUUCAAUGUAUAAAAAUUAUAAUAAAGUGGGACUAAUCGACUUUUUGUCUAAUUCAAAUUGUUCUUAUGUUUCCAAAUCUACAGAUUUUUUAUUUAUAAAACUUAUUAAAGCGACCGAAGCAUUUCUAUAAUUAUACAUAUCAGAUGAUAAUAAAUAUAAUUUAUAGAUUAAUGAAUAUUAUAUUAUUUGAGAUCGUUUGCGGUGUAGCGGACAUUAUCGGAAUACGUGUAUAAGCAAUAAUACGUUCUAUCGAUGCAGUUGUAAGAGUUAUGCCAAUGUAUAUGAAAAGGACUCGGCGAACAAAGCAAGCAUUGACCAACAUACUUCUACAGUUUCCAUACGCACAUUUUCCCAAUAAGUUUUGAACACUAAUUACUUUUACAAAAGGUUUAAAAUCGAUUGCGGAAAUUCGACAUUUUGUGGUAGGUUGAUGUGCUGUUGCCGUUUGCUUGCUUGUUAUCUCUGAUGCGACAUAGACUAUAGUUUUUGGAAACUUUCUACAAAUAUGGGAUAAUUAACCCGGAAUAUUGGGGGAAAAUACCAGGAGGUUUAGAAAAUACAAUACUUUUCACGCAUAAAACAUGGAGGUAUAAUAUAAAAUGUUAUUUAAAAUUGGUGUAAUUAUAGCACUUUAUCAGUGUGCGUGUGUUAUAAUAAUAUUUUAUGAAGCGUUUUCAGCAUAGUUUAAGUGUCAAUUCUUGCUCGGGCGUUUCGAGUCCCUUUUUUAUACAUAUGCGCAUGCUAACUUGAUGUUGUAUAGUGCGCAAAACUUGGUUCAACUAGUGUUGGCGUAGUUUAAGUGUAUAUGAAUAUUUUGAUACAUAUAAGAGAUGUACUUUCGCAUAGCGGUCUACUUUACUGUGUCUUUCUUAUUUGCUGGAUUCUGUUCUUUUUUAAUUAUAUUUAAGCAAUAGAGACCUUUAUUGAAUGAAAUACUGCUACAGCGGUGAUGUCAAUUAGUGAACAAAAAAAUUAGGCCAACUCUAUUUUUGUGAUAUAAUUACUUUUUCAAAACAACACGUACGAAAUUAAUAUGUUUCAAAAUAGAGCUGGCGUAUUUUUAUCCAUCAGUGUUAAAUUACACUGCUUAACUUUGUAUUUUAAAAUAAACAGAAAAAGUUACCUAAGCCUCAAGAAAAAUAUAUUUUAUUAUACCUACAACUGACAUCGUGAACGCUUGUGAAAUUAUAUAUGUUUUAUGUACUUAUUAUAAUGGUAUAUUUAGCAUUAUAAAUGCAAAAAAGAAGUAAAAACUGAAAUUCCUUACCUUUUUCGAUCUACCUCCUCUGGCUUCCAAAAUGUAUAUGUAGCAUAUUUUUGUAUAUUUCUUAUGUACGAUCGCCCGCAAAUUCUUGCCAAUAAAUGACAACGUUCCUCAAUCGUUAUUGAAUCUUAGUGAUAUAAAAGUAAAGUAUAAAAUCCAUUGUGGUCUUUGUCAUUUUGUGGGCAGUUCUGCUGGCAGUUGUACGUUACUCCAACUCAAUAGGUAACGAAAAUGUAGCAGAUAGAGGAAUAAAAUACAGGGUGUAAGGUACAGUUUGAUAAAAACUUUAAUAAAGUGUGGACUUGUAUAAGUUUUUGUCAACUUGUCUCUUACGCCUUGUAUGAUGAUAAUGUUUUUAUUGGAAUAUAUAAAUUAUCUAUUUUAAUGACACUAGUACCCAAGUUUUGCUAGUUAAGAUGCUGUGUGUUAUCGCUUCAAAAAGUCCAGUAGUGGUGGGUUUCUAUGAAUGAGCUAUAAAGAAACAUAGUAUUUUUCCCAUUAAACAAGCAACUACAUAAUAUUAUUAUAUGAUUUAAGAAAUAGUAAAAGGGGAUUGUUGUUAGAUAGAUGGGCUAAUUUAUCGCUCUGUUCAAGACAAUCUCUCAAAUAUAUUUUUGAGUUUUGUUCAAUAAGUUAUCGAUAAAAUCUAUCCAGCUCAUUCACAUUAGCACACCACUACUUGCUCCUUUAUUUAUGUACUAAUACUCAUCAAUUACUAAUUAAUGAACAUAUCGUUUAAUUAAGUUAUGCGUGAAAUGCGUUUUGUGAUCAUUAUUAGUGUAAGUUUGUAUCUUAUUUAAAUGAGGUUAGAGUUGGAUUUAGGUUAAGUUAGUAUAGAGUCCUUUACUGGCUUUCAGCUGUAAAUAGUUAGCUUUGUUUUAGCCCGUUUGUACUUACUUUCUGUGUUUUUUGACGUUUAAUGAUUAGGAAAAGAUUAUCAUUAUCUUCUUUGUAAAACAAAAAAAAGUUGAGAGUACACCCAUAUCUCUAAGCUUAUAUUUUUUGUUUUAAUAUGAUAUUUAGCAAUCAAAACUACUUACUCUCCUUCAAGUGGAUUGGUUGCUGGAGUUUUCUUCUUUAUUUUGAAAGCCAUAAUUUAUGUCUUUUUAUAGUCGGUGAAAAAAAAACAAAUGAAAAAAAGACACCCAAUAGUAUUUUUUUAAAUGAUGCCUACUAAUAAUAUUGUGUAUUUUUUAAUCAAUUAAUUCAGGCAGCAAUAUUUACGUCAAAAAAUACAGAAGACACUAGGGUUUGCUACAUUUGUCCGAAAUGUUUUCUUAUGUAAAAGAUAAUUUUCCUUUGUAUUAAUAUAGGGUGAUCACUUCUAAGGUUUUUGAGAACUUACGCAUAUCCAGUGGCUGCCAGCGACUUUUCCCGUGUUAAUAUUCUAUUUUUAAUCUUUCAAAUCCUCUACUUAUCAAAGGUUUGAAUUAAUUGAAAAAUAUUAUUCAUAUCAAAAUAAAAUUAAGUGAAACAAGCUUGCUAAAACCGUUCAGCAUUAAAUGAAAUGUCUUUCUGACUUUAAACAUUUGUUUUCAAAAAUAAAUAGUCAGGUAUUUUUUUUGUAUUUUCCAAAAGCUGGACAAAAAGCAACCCUACGGUUUCUCACUCUGACUCAAGCUUGUUUUAUGUAUUUUAUAUUAUGUACUUUUCGACAUAUUUAUCAUACGAUAACAUAAUGGCACUCUUACUGUAAAUAACUAAAUGUAAGCCACUUUUCAAAUUUUACAUAUUUUUGCACUAUUGUUUCCAUUUCCAAAUUCUAUCUCUAAUAUAAUGAUAAUAUCGUUUUAAAGACUAUGAUAUUUCAGAUACUUUUUCUACUAGUUGAGAUUAUAUUCUAUUUUCCUAUAUUUUGUAUGAAUCUCUUGUAGUUUCUUUCCUGAAUAGGUUUUUAGCAAUUAUGUACUCAUACACUUGGUGCAUACGUAUUAAAUAAUGUACUAAUAUUAUUAUAUGCCAUACGAUUUGUCUUCCAGAUUGAUCUUAAUACAAUAGCGUAAAGUAUUGUAGCUUAUUAUUAUACAUAAUUAUGGAUAUAACUAAAGGUGGUGAUGUUAUGGUGUUUUGUAGGUUAACGUUUAAUGUUCAGUCAGGUUUGUUAAUAUGUCAACUUAAAAUAUUCACACAAUUAUUUAAAAAUCUAUUUGUCUUACUAUUGAAUCUUGGGUAGAAGCAAGGUAAAAAUAUCGAAAAAUAAUUUAGGAGUGUUUCUUAACGAGAAUAGAGCUACCUACAGUUAACGUUACGGCUUUGGACUUUUUAAAAGCUUGAUGUGAUUUUCAUUUACAAACUUUAUUAAAAUAACAAGGAAAAAAUAAUCAUUAUGUAAUAACAUUAUUUGAUUUCCAAUGGAAAAAUUUGUGAAUUCAUUAAGAAUGAAAUAUUAUUAUGAAAUUAAGUUGACGUAUCAGUGAAUCUGUCAUAAUUAGUAGAUAGUUUCUCUGAAAUAUGUAAUUGAUGUUUGUGUAUUUAAACUAUAUUAUACAAUAACGUCCCAGAUAUAGCCCUGUUACAAAUAUUACUUAUACAAUAACACCAAUCGAUGGGAAAAACAUUAUAAUGAUCACCACCGAGUAGCAUAAGAGACAUAUCUCAGAUUAUUGUAAUUUAGUGCGUUCAUUUAUUGAAUUGUCUUUAUGAAUAAAUGACGUCAAAAUCAA